AUGGGAGGAGAUGAGCCUCGCCCCGGGGUCGAUCCUGAUAAGGAGGAAGGCCAUGUUCGACCCAUGGAGGAGUUAAUGAUGGUGCAAUUAUGCGAGAGGGAUGCUACUCACACUACUAGAAUUGGAAGGGACAUGGAUGCCAUGAUGGCAAAGCAACUUGUAGAUUUCUUACGACGCAACCAGGAUGUGUUCGCCUUCUCGCCCAGUGACUUGGUUGGAAUUGAUAGCUCUUUAGCUGUUCAUAGGUUAAACGUCAAGCCCGGGACCAAGCCAGUAAAACAAAAGAUGAGGCAUCUUGGAGCUGAAAAAGAUAGAAUAAUACACGAGGAAGUUCUAAAGUUGUUGAGUGCUGGUCAAAUUCGCGAGAUAAGGUUUCCCACUUGGUUGUCCAUUGCUGUCUUAGUAAAAAAGGAAUGGGCAAGUGGAGGAUGUGUAUCGAAUUUAGAGGCAUGA